GGACAGGGGCAGGCAGGACCAGCAGGACCAGCAGGACCAGGAUGGCGGCUGCAUCGCCCGCCCUCCCCUCGCCGAGCAGCCUUUACGUCACCUAAGGGCUUUCUUUCUCGCGCUCCCCCGCGACCGGCCGCGACGCCUCCAGAGUGUGACAGAGACAUAGGGGGACGAAACAUGCUCCACCUGACACGCGGACUACCUGUACUUUUCCGGACGAGACGUAAACGCCUCUGUCAAUAUUGUUUAAACAAGGCAGUAGAACACUGUAUUAUGUCACUGCAGAACUGGAAACUAUGUUCGAAUAAUCUGACGCGGAAGGGAAGAGACAAAAUAAAUUGUUUAGGUUGUAAUGGAAGAGUCUCCAUGCCAAAAAUAUAUUCUCGUCUUUCGCCAGGAUGGUUGGAAAAGGCAUUUUACAAGAAUACGCUGGUAACUUUCCUGUGGCACAUGUUUAAGUGAACCGCGCAUUCGGUGGCACCCUCGUCAUUCUAGCCAACCCUUGCAAAAUUGAUGAUCACAUUGCUGAAACAUCACGGUGCUGGAUCAGCAAAUUCCCAUGAAAUAAAACAAAAAUUAUCAAUUGACCAUCUUUAUGAUAUGUUUGGAUAAGCAAGAAAAGACUAUGCAUUCAUUGUUUUUACUGUUUUAUGUUAUAGUGCUGUCAGCCUGCUUGUCAUUCUGCCGUCUGGUAACCAUGGCAACAUCAUACAAACAUAAACUAAAACUAGGUUAUGUUCAUCUGUUUAUUGAUCCAGUUAAAAGACACUUGACGUUAAAUAUGCCUAUUCAUGGACUUCUUUUUACUGAAAAGGACUCCUUUUUAAAAAUAUAUUGUCGAGCAACACAAUGAGGCUAUUGUCAUCGUGUUUGCGUUCGUGGAUAUCUUAAUGUCUUAGCUGUGCAACUAGUGAUCUGUGCUGGAGUGCCUUACAGUAUACUUAUUGGAAUUAUGGAGAACUACACUGUGACAGGACACAUAGGUGAAGGAGCUCACGGGUUAGUUUUGAGAGGGAAGCACCUACCCACUGGACGAGAAGUAGCUUUGAAGAAAGUAAAGGUUAGACGUUUAGAGGAUGGCAUUCCAAUCAGCAUCCUACGAGAAAGCAAAAUCCUCCAAACUGUGGAUUGUCGCUAUGUAGUGAAACUUCUGGACUUUUUUCCUCAAGGCUUGGGCUUUGUAUUGGUGUUUGAGAUGAUGCCAUCAGGCCUGUGGGAAAUGCUUCAUGACAUAGACAAUCCGAUUACACCUGCACAAGGGAAAAGCUACAUGAGAAUGCUAUUAAUGGGACUCAACUAUCUGCACAACCACCACAUUAUGCACAGGGACUUGAAGCCAGCAAAUUUAUUAAUUAGCUUCGAAGGAGAGCUAAAGAUUGCGGAUUUGGGACAAGCAAGAUUAGUUUGGACAGACACAAAGGGAGAGUCCAGACCCUACACCCAUCAGGUUGCAACCCGCUGGUACAGGGCUCCUGAACUACUGUACGGUGCAAGAUUCUAUUCUAAAGCUGUUGAUCUUUGGGCUGUUGGCUGCAUUUUAGCAGAGGUCAUCAUGAAAAGCCCCAUUUUCCCAGGUGAGACAGAUAUUGAACAAUUGGCUAUGGUCAUAAGUAGCCUCGGAACACCAACAGAAGAUAAUUGGCCUGGCUUAACAUCACUGCCCGAUUAUAACAAAAUAACAUUCCCUGAGUCACGUAGAGUGCCUUGGGAAACACUAGUACCUGACAGCCCCCCUGAAGCUUUAAGUCUUAUUCAAUGCUUCUUAUUAUAUGAUUCUGAUAAAAGAAUAUCAGCUCAGGAGGCUUUGGGACACUCAUAUUUUUUUACACCACCACUUGCAUGUCCUCUAGCUGAAAUGCCUAAACCAAAAGACGGUCACCGCAACAAGUUCAUAGACAAAGAAGUGAGAGCGGAUGUACCGAUAGAUGAAUUAUUUAAAGAUCUUGCAGAUUUUGUACCAUGACAAAACAGAGUCUUAACUGAAUAAGACCUUCAUUUAACACAACAAUUAAUUAGGAUAACAAUCCCCUCAGCA